GUGCAAAAAAAUGCAAUAAAACAAACAUGCACUGACCACCCCGACCCGACAGCAGUGCAGCCAUGAGUUCCUGCAGUGCUGAUCACAAACACACCGGACUGCGCGAGUUCCACCCCCGGGGGACGCGCAGCUGAGACUCCUAACAAAACCCUUUCAGCGCCGCACCGGAGCACCGGAUCCCGGAUCAGUUCCGAUCCACCGCGUCUGUACCGAGCGUCCUGGGAUUUCCACUUCCUCACGGAGGGGGACAUGGAUCUGGAGGAACAGUUUUAGGAUCUGAGGCGGCACUGCAGCGCUGCGGAAAAGCCGCAAAGCUCCAAGUUUAGUUCCAGCGCUCCGGCCGAUAAUAAUGCCCGUCCGACUGAUCCUCGGUCUCGGCGGCUCGAUCCGCGGCGCGCGUUCUGUUCCCGGUGCGUAAAAAGCGAGCGGCGGUGCGGAGGUGGUCAGGUCUCCGGUUCUCCGGCGGUGGUGGUGCUCCUUAUAAACAUGCUUCUGUUGAUGAAGAAGAUGAAGAUGAACCCUGAGAGCCGCUUCUGUGACUGAUCGAUCUUUAGGACUCUCACCAUGAUGUAUUCUCCUCUCUGUCUGACUCAGGACGAGUUCCACCCGUUCAUCGAGGCGCUGCUGCCCCACGUCCGCGCCUUCGCCUACACCUGGUUCAACCUGCAGGCCCGCAAGCGCAAGUACUUCAAGAAGCACGAGAAGCGCAUGACCAAGGACGAGGAGCGCGCCGUGAAGGACGAGCUGCUGGGCGAGAAGCCCGAGGUCAAGCAGAAGUGGGCGUCGCGUCUCCUGGCCAAGCUGCGCAAGGACAUCCGGCCCGAGUGCCGCGAGGACUUCGUGCUCUCCAUCACCGGCAAGAAGGCGCCGUGCUGCGUCCUGUCCAACCCCGACCAGAAGGGCAAGAUGAGGAGGAUCGACUGUCUGAGGCAGGCCGACAAGGUGUGGCGCCUGGACCUGGUCAUGGUCAUCCUGUUCAAGGGCAUCCCGCUGGAGAGCACGGACGGAGAGAGGCUGGUGAAGGGCCCGCAUUGCUCCAACCACAUCCUGUGUGUCCAGCCGCACCACAUCAGCGUCUCCGUCAAGGAGCUCGACCUCUACCUGGCCUACUUCGUUCAGGAGAGAGAGGCGGCGGAGCAGAGCAGCAGCCCUCGUACCGCUAUCGGUUCAGACCAGGAGGACAGUCGAGCCGCCACCAUGGAUGGACCUGAAUUUCAGGAGAGCUUCAUCACGUCGGGCGUGUUUAACGUGACAGAACUUGUACAAGUGUCCAGAACGCCGGUGGUGAGCGGAACUGGACCGAACUUCUCUCUCGGGGAGCUGCAGGGUCACCUGGCCUACGAUCUAAACCCAACGGGCGUGGCCAUGAGGAGAACCUUGCCCAGCACCUCUUCCAGCGGGAGUAAGAGACAGAAGUCCAGCUCGGUGGAGGGCGAUAUCGACACCAGCCCCGGCGGUGAUUACUACCCCUCACCCAGCUCCCCCGCUAGCAGCUCCAGAAACUGGCAGGACGAGAUGGAAGGAGGACUCUCCCCGGUGAAGAAGACAGAGAUGGACAGUCCGUCUCCUCAGGAGAGUUCGUCUCCUCGCCUCAGCAGCUUCACACAGCACCACAGACCGGUCAUCGCCGUGCACAGCGGUCUCUCGCGGAGUCCGCACCCCUCCUCGUCGCUGCACUUCUCCACCACCCCCAUCCUGCCCCAGUCAGCCUCCACCUACUUCCCCCACGCCGCCAUCCGCUACCCCCCACACCUCACCGCCCAGGACCCGCUCAAGGACCUGGUCUCCCUGGCCUGCGACCCGUCCAAUCAGCAGCCCAGUUCGCUGAAUGGCAGCGGUCAGGUGAAGGUCCCCACCCACUACAUCUCCUCUCAGAUGCUGGCCCCUCCGCCCCCUCCGGCCCUGCCCCGCCUGGCGCUGCCCACCGAGUCCAAACCCAGCAGCACCUCUCCAGACGCGGCUGCCUCCUCGCCCACCUCCCCCACAUACUCUGCUCCCGGGUCACCACCUUCCAACCGCACCUUCGUAGGACUCGGUCCUCGAGAGGCCGCCAGUCUGUAUCAGGCUCAGUCCUGGUAUCUGGGGAACUGAGCGUGACGGCGGGAGCACCUGAGGCGAGCGGACGCGGAUCUGAGAUUCGACCUUUUUUUUCUUUCUUUCUUUUUUUGUGGAAUAAUGACGAGAAGAUGCAAGAGGGAACGCGACAUAUAUGCAGUAUUUGUACAUAUACAGUACAUGUGUGUACGUACGGACACGCGUGCACACGUACACACGUACACACACACGUAUCUGAAAAGCCUGGGUGAACGUGGAGAGGACGAGCUUGAACAGACUUGAAUGUGGAUGCAUGAGAAGAGGAGACGACUGGACUGUGUGGGGGGUGCGGAGGGGCAGCCUAACCGAACUGACCUGAAUUGAAGCGCAGCCCUCCCCAACGUACCCGCCGGCCCCCGGAGCGCCCCCUCCUGGCCUCCCUUCGCUACAGGUGCUGCUUCCUUAUAUAUGCAAAAUGACCCGGCUUCGAUUUCUCAGCAGGGACGAGGAGCCCUGACGACGGGACGAUGGGAAUUAAGCGCUCGGAAACCCUCCCGAAACGUCCCUUUUAAUCCUCGUUAAAUAUUUUGAAUGUUGGCCGACGGUUUCGGGGCGACAUGAAGGGUCGGGACUUCAACACGACUUCACGCUAGGUUCCUUUACGCCGCUCACACAGGACGGCUGAUUUUAUUGAGUUUUAUCGACAAUCAUGGUAUUAGUUUUCCUGAUCUUUUCUAUCUCGCGUUCUCCGCCGUUUGUAAAGGAAUCCCGCUUUUCGAUACGUGGCUUUUUUACUUUGAGGAACGUUGUGGUACCACGUAUACACACGGCACGUAAACACACACACACACAUACAUGUACAUGCCCACACACCCAGUCUUCAGCAUUCAACUGGCGUGUACUGUUAACCGAUACGCUAAACGUUGGGCCGACGACUUUGCACGAUAGUUUGAGGUGAUUGAGCACCUUCCUCUUUUUAUUUUGUGUGUGUGUUUGUGUACUCGUGACUGUGUGUGUGUUUCCGAUUGCGUUCGGGUCAUUCAAACACACACGGAGAUCCGUAACCGUUCUGAUUCACGUAGAUGAAACGUUUUCCGAGAUCAUGACAGUAUUGGCUGUUAAAACAGAACCUUUUCCUUAUUUUUCUCUUCUUUACUUCAUAAUAUUUCGAUUUGCGUUGGAAAUUCCUGCUGUUGCACUACGACGAUGUUCUGACUUUGUUUUAUUGAUGUAAAUGCUGCAAGCCUGACUUCUCAGACCAGGACGUUUCAUGGGAACGUGUUUUAGUUCCAGCGUUUUGUUACGUAGCACGAUUAGGAGACGUCGAAUCUGAUCGGGAUGAUCCAACACGACCUUCUACGCUUGACUCGUGCGUCCUGACGUAGAAGCUUCGGAGUUUAUGUGAAAACCUUUGAAGGAAUUGAAAUCCAUUUGCUUUUCCGUUAUUUUCUGGAUCCCGCAUUUAACACCAGGCUUACACUGGACAGUUUCUGCACUAUUGUACCAUAGCUGAUGCAUUACUUGCAAAUUUGAUGCAUUUGUGGCUCCGAUUUUGAUCUCUAGAACCUUCUUGAUUGGCUGGUGACACCAUGUGAUUUUGAAUAAAUCCGGGUUCGAAUCUCGGCUGUGCUAUCAUCCGGCCGGGUCUCUAUGCAGAAAUGAUUGGCUGAAUAUCUGAAGCCCUGUGAUGAUUUGUCGCCCUGUGCAAGUAAAUAAUAAUAAUAAUAAACAUGACUUGCAUAUCGUACCAGCUACGUUCAUAAACUAUAAACACUUAAGCAAUACAAAAGCUAAAUGGUGCUUUCACUCAUCUCAAAGGGUGCAGAAAGUGCAUCAAACCUCCUUACAUUUACAUUUCCAGCAUUUAGCAGAUGCUUUUAUCCAAAGUGACUUACAAUUAUGACUGAAUACAACUUGAGCAAUUGAGGGUUCAGGGCCUUGCUCAGGGGCCCAACAGUGACAACUUGGCAGUGGUGGGGUUUGAACCAGCAACUUUCUAAUUACUAGUUCAGCACCUUAUCCACUAAGCUACCACUGUCCCUGCUUCUCCUGUUAAUUAUAACUGCUGCAGUUACGCCCUCUGCUGGCUGAUCGAUAGUGCUGCACAGAGACGGGGGAUAAUGGAGAUCAGUGUGUGCCUCUCCGUGUGUGAUUCAGAUCUCCAUAUUAACCCAUCUGGUGCAGGUGAAAAGAAGCAAUCGGUACUGCACACAUGUCGGAGGGGGUGUGUGUUAGUCACAACCCUACUCGGUCAGCAGUGGAGGUCUGCAGCAGUAGAGGGGAAAUACCAUCGAGGAAUUAAAUACGACUAAAUUAGGAGAAAAAAUCAUUUUGUAUCUCGACGGCACAGCUGAUGUCUUUUAUGGUUGUGCUUUUGAUUAUUUACGAAGGCAAGGUUUGUACUUAUUAUUGUACGUGUAGGACAUGAUGCUUCCCCUAUAUCGAUUUCAGGAAGCUGAAUUACUUUUAAGAAGCAGUUAAAAGCUACAGAAAUUCCCAAACUUGGGAAUAAUUUUAAGGUUAUUCCCAAGAUGACCACGCCCGCUUCAUAAAAACGUUUUUGAUGAAACUGAAUAGAUUAUUUAGCUUGUAAUGUGACUUUAAUCAGACCUGUGUUUUGGUUAUGGGAUCUUACAUCGGCCUUUUUAAGACUCGCGCCUCCAACCUGUUCCCCAAAAUUUCCUGACAAAAUUUGCUGCAUGUCUAAAAAUUUAAUCACCUCGUUUAGUAGUUGCUGACAAAAACUUUUAGUCGUCCGGUGUAAGCCUGGUUUUAAAGCGCUUUCUUUAAAACACACACACACACACACAUCUAGAUAUAUAUACACAAACACACACACUGACACACGUUCUGCAAUACUAUUAUUUUGCUUUUAUUUUUAUAAAUUUGCCAUUCGCCUCUCGGUUUACCCAAAAUUCUUUGGGUAAUAAGCGGUAAGUGGUUAGCGUCUGUAUUGUUUUUAAGGAAGCGUGCGUGUUUGCUGUGUGGUGUAAAUAUUAGAACAUCAGGGCUUCAGAAUCUGCUACCAAACCCAAAUAAUCCCAGAGCCAUAAAAAGUGCCUACAACGCGAGUCAUAGUUCAUUUCAUUCAGGGUUUUACGCCCUUCUCGGCAUAAUUAUUAUGAAAUUAUUAUUACUUUGCUAUAGUGAAGCCCGAGAGGGCGACAGAAGGCGAUAAAACACUUUGCUAUCCGUUCUAACGUGACGAGUUCAUCGUAUACAGUAUAAAGCAGAAUAGAUCGUGUUCCUCACUUCCCCAAUCCUUUCUGGUUACGCCGCUAGCCUUUAACGAAGCUUUGCACACCCGUCCCGUUCAGUACGAGACCCGAAAUGCGUACGUGAUUGUGUUCAAGGUGCUGACAUGAGAAUCUCUAUAUAUAUCGAUAAUAUAUAUAACUGCAUGGUGCUUAUUAAGGAAAAAUAAAUGCUCCAAAGGCCACCGUAUUGUUGACAUGGGCGCAUGGCAGAUAAUCUUAGGAGAAGCUAAACUGAAUCUAAAGCUACACUUUUAAUCCCUAAACUAUUUAAACCCUAACCUCCCCAGGACCGAGAGCGCGGCGUAGGACACAGACACGGGUUUGACCUUUGUGCGUCAUUGGUUUUUGAAUUUUUCCCCUCCCUGACAUCCCUCUUUGGACUUUGCACGACGUUUUAUAUACACAUUAUGUGCCUUGCCUUUAGUUAUCGAUAAUACAUGAUUGAAAAUUGUAAAGGAUUUUUUAUGUAACCAGUCUUCGCUGAGAAACGAUGUACAAACGAUGCUGCAUGUUUGCUUGUGAUAGCGGACGAGGACUAGUAGUGUACAGCCGACCGAGACGGGCGACAAUGGCUUCCUUUCUCCCCUUGAUGAGCCUGGUGGUUGUUUUUUCUAAUGCAUGGGAUUCGUUUCUUUAUUGGUUUUAUAUCUUUACACUUGGAGUUUUAUUAAUGUGGUUCAUUAACUUUUCAACCUGCUUUCAGUGCACUGGAAUGACUGGUACGAUGAUUUAGCUAGACGGCUUACAUUGAGGGAUAAAAUACGAUGAUUUAUUCCUGGCAUGGCAACCCGUUUUCUCUAUAGCAUUGUUAGCCUCUUUUCAAUCGAAUAAUUAUCGUAUUUGUGCUCAGAAUUUUCGAAAUUUGGCUUCUGGAGUAGUUUGAAAUUAACUUUUAAAUACAUUUGGCGAUUUAUUUUACUUAAAAAAACACACUUUAAUGCCGCACUGUUAGGAAUUAUUUCUGAGGAGAUGUUACAUGUCGCUUGCAGUUACACAUUUCUGCCUGAGGGGUCUCCAAAUCUCACGCUGCAGCUUUGAGGCAGUAGUUUUACAUCCUCUCAUUAAUCGCAUUUCUUUUAUUAAUCAUUAAAAUAUAUAAAAUAAAUCAGCCACGUUUUUGUAGUUAAUAGAAUUAAAGAUAAAAGUAUAAACAGCACACAUGCUUGUUUUUAACUGGACUGCAUUUUCAGUUAAAAUUGCAAAUUUACUCAAAGUUCUAGUUGAGGAUGAAACAAAACCCACAAGAACCACCAGUCCUCGUAUUUUGAAGUAAAACGCUUUUUAAUAAACACAAAAAUGUAAGCUAAACCCAUAUAAAACCUCAUGUGGGUUUCGUUUGGAUUUAUUUUCAGCCCACGCUGCCCACAGUUAGCUUGUAGUUGCCCAUUAUCUUCUAAAUACCUGGCUAUGAACGCUGGCUAACAUAAAGUCGUCAUCUUUUCUAUACUUAUUUACACAUUUUGCUUUUACUCUUUUAGUUGAAUGAUCGGUGCACUCUUUAGAUUAGCCAUUAGCCAAUAACUAAGUUAACAAUAAGUUAAAUGCCAAGAUUUUAUAGAUUUUAUAUCGAAGUGCUUUUUAAUAGCAUGCCAUUGCUAGCAUUCUUUAAGUACUUCAGCUUUUCUAAUGAGCCAUUACUAGAUAACAAACAUAAAAACGUAUCACCGAGACUAAAUAGAACAAACUAAACCCCAAACCUUUACACUUUCUGCUCAACAGUUCAUUUUAGCCUUUAGUAGUGGUUAGCAUAGUUAGCAUCUUUAAAUGAAUUAUUUCUUUAAAGACACAACAGUUAUUAAUUUAAUUGAGUAGUAAUUCAUUCAAAACUAAUAUUGUGCUUGAAUAUUGUCCUUUUUCGAACACUCUGAGUUUGUAUUCUUUUUCACGCUACUAACUACUGUAGUUGUGAAUAGGUGAUUAGCAUGUUCCCUGUGUAAAAUGCUAACCGGCUAAUUUAAAGAGUUAAUCUGAUAAAGCAAUAACAAACAGACUUGGGUAAGAUCAGACUGUUUAGCUUUGUUAGACAAACUACUCAACUCAUUUUUUUAGAUUUGCCGUGGCUAAAUAGUUAGCAUGUGUGUUUUCCGUCAUGCUAGCUUACUAAAAUGAAGUCUGAAUAUGAUUCAUUUGUUCUGUUGUGUGAUAGCAACACGUUUCUGUCACUGGUUCAGUUCUAUUUUCAUUGCUUAUUUGUUUAUUUAGAAAAUAAUUAAGGCUAGUAUUGCACAGAUCUUAAUGCAAAUGAAAUAUAGUUAGUAGUCUGUAUCAAUCACUUUUGCACAACCCAAACUUUUCAGGUUAGCCAUGAUAACGUAGCUAGUGUUGAUAUCAAAACCAAGUUUGAUUAGAAUCUGUUAGUUUUAUGAUCCCAGUUUUUCUGAUCCCAGUUUUCAGUAGCAGGUUCAUUAUACAUCAUCAUCAUGCUAACUGACCAUUUUAGCAACUUAGCAGUUUAGCAAUUUAAUCCCUAGUUAUAAGAGUUGCUCUUGAUUAUGUCUCGCGUAUGUCUGUACACUCCAGUGUUUAAGAUUCCUUUCAAUAAUCUUUAUUUGCUGUAGAUUAGCCAUUAGCUGGCAGUUAGCCCGUUAGCACUGCUUGAAUGAUUAGCCUAUGCAUAGAUAAGGAGUGUCAUAUUAUUUACAUUUCUUUUCCUUUUGUCUAGCGUGUAGAUUUUACUUGUGGACUGACUGAAGUGGUAAAAGCGAUAAUGUGGUGUGUGUGUGUACACUACGACUCUGAUAGGUGUUAGCCACGUUCGGCUAACCGUCUUCCUGAACUAUCGCUCGAACGCCCGUCGAUUGAGUCACGUUUUAGAAGGGUUUCUUCAUUCGCUUGGAGCGAAGCGGUUCAGAUUAGCACCUUGACAGACCAGGAACCCCUACUUGACAUUUUAAAGAAUGUUUUAUUUAAUUUAGUUUGGUUUUUAUCAGCUUAGCAGCUAGUUAGCAGCUUAGAAUAGAUAAUUGAGUUAUGUACUGCGUAGUGUAAGUGAGGUGUGUUGAAUAAGGAAAAAGAUUGUGUUGGGGUUUUUUGGGGUGUUUUAUCUGGCACAGGGUCAGUAAUGGUCAUGUUUGGUGUACGUGUAGUUUGGGAUGAGGUGUAAAGGAAUGUUUUUGCGAUGCACAUUGCCGAUUCGGUAGCUUUUUAGAUAGCUGGUAGCUAGUUGAUGAAAUAAAAUAAGAAAAAAUAAAUAAACAGGUUGAAUCUGCAGAACAAAAAGCUUUUGUUUACAUAGUGCACGUGGGGUUAAGAUCUUAGCUGUGAUGGGUUCGAGGCUCGGACCGCGCCCUGGCUGGAGAGCAGCGCUAUAACUGGACUCAUUCCGUUACACACAAUUGAACAAAAACAAACAUAGCAAAGAUGCUGUCAGUAUUCAGCGAGAAACCUUCUUUUAUUUAACAGAGCAGGUGAUGGGACGAAGCUUAAUAAAUAAUAAUAAAGUUAAUAAGAUAUGCAUUAUUUUCCUAUUAUUUUAAUCCAUCAUGGCUUGGAUAGCAUGCGUAACAGUGCGUUAAUCCUAGCUUUAAAGUUUUAGUCAGUCGUUUCUAUAGAUUUUAAUCUCAAAAUCCAAACUAAUUUGCGUUGCCUAGACUAGAGGGGCAAAAUGUUAAUAUAUCAAUCAACCAACAACACACUGAAUUCUUUUACUGUUACCUUGUUGGAAGCACCUAAAAAUCCAAGAUUUAUGCAGUUUUGUCCUUGUUGCCUAGACCAGCGGUUCUCAACCUUCAAAAAAUAUUCUAGGACCCCCCCUUGACACAGGUUAUGAUCUUCUUCUGCUCUUUGCAAGGAUAACAAAAGCUUUUGUGUUCUAGCUCAUGAGAAAUUUGAUGAAUCCAUGAUGAAUAAAUUUUCUGACUUUGCUUGAUGUCGCGUGGCCUGUUACCAUUUUAGAAACGGCUCGCAAAGUAUUUUAGAAAGUUGUGCCGAACUGUUUGACCUCUGGGUGGCGCUCUCACAUAAAACCAAUCUAAAACUCUCCCCGUCUUCUCUUCCCCGACUCAAAACAUUAACGUCACACCUACAUUAACGUUCCCCAGUUUUUGGAUAAACGCGGUGGCUCCAGAGAAACGAAAACUAGAUGCAGAACGCAGAAGAUUUCAGACGUGCUGGGAGUUCAGAGGGAAGUGGGUAUGUUUAAUUUAAGAAUUAUAAUGUGAGUGAAAUCACCACACUGGACGAUAGAUCAUGAAUCAUGAUCAUGAAGUGGAAUUGUUAGUAAUCAGGACCUCUUUUAUAGUUUUAUUUCUUUUAUUACUGAAGAGUCUGUGGCCCCGUGGUUGUGUAUUUUUUACUUCACCUGGCCCCCAACAAGAAAGGUUUGGGCACCCCUGAUGUAGUGGGUGUGUCGACCUUUGCACUUUUGAGGUGGGUGAAUCAAAUUCUUGUCCAUUCUCAAAGACCCAACGUGGACUAUCAGUAGUUUAAAAUAUUAUGACAUCACAAAAGAUAUGAUCUGCAUAUGCUAAUUCCUUAUGCCUGUCAUGAUUUACUGUUCUUAAUUAAAUGCCAUGCUCGCCGAGGCCCCCUAGUGGGUGACGGCCCCCUGGUUGAGAACCACUCGCCUGGACCACUUGAAUACUAGUUCUACUAGUGUAUAUCUAAAAUGAUUUAAUUGGUUGAUUGGUGUUGUCUAUAAUCAUUUGUUUUUGUUUUGUUUAACCACAAUUUUGUUCGAGCAUAUUUUUAUUUAUACCUUAAAGAACUGACUGCACCUUUAAUGAAGCUUUUCCCUCGUCUAAAUGAUCUGUCUGGAAGCAAACGUUACCCAUCACCUGUCCUGUGAAGAUUUGCACUGUUCCACAAUCACCUACCAAGUCUCCAGCCAGGCGGUAAAAAUCCGAAACGAAACGAAGGAGCGUGUCGAGGGUCCCGGGCGAACGUCGUACGCUUCUUUUUCUUUUUGUACUUCUUUUCUGAUCUGAGUGGACGAUAGUGGAUAGUUAAAGCUCACGAUACCAAGUCGAUCAUGUAUUAUCCUUUUGCUGCAUGUUUAUGUCGAGACCCUUCACUAAUAUUCUUACGGGACAGAAUGAUUGAACCGUUCUGCAUUUUGGAAACAUUAUCUCGCGUAUGAAAGCUUGGCGUAUAUAUCUAUAACAAUAAGGAAUGAGGCUAAAUGUACAGAUUUUUUUUGUAUAAGAAACUACGUGUGUGUGUGUGGGUGGGUUUAGUUUUCAUAAGCUGGUGGCAAAGCCACAGAUGAAAAAAAAGAUAAAAAGAAUGAAAGAAAGCGUUCCUUUUAAAGGAUCUGCCCUUGACCGUGCGUGCUUGGCACCAUGAUAAUCCUAUAAGGGUACCUGGUUUAGGCGUUCGGCCUGUCAUGAAGCUGCGCCUCUGCUCAGACGGAUGCGAUUCGCAAAAAUUCCAUCGUCUGUUUCGUCUCCACAGUUGAUUACGGUCGUUCUGCACUUCUGUCAUGAUUCUGUUUUCAUGCCGCAGUGAAACACUUUUUUAGUUUCUUUCCUUUUUUCCCUUUGAGAAAUUGCACUAGAUUAUCUGCUUUUAAUAUUUUUUUAUCUUGUUUAAAGUUUGUUUCUCUAGAAAUAUAUCAGCCUGGCUGGUGAAUGUCAGUACAGCAGUGUAUUAGGGCCACUUUAAAGUUUUGAUUUGGAGAUUAAAGUGGGAAUAUUAUGACCACAGUGACCUCCUGGUGUUAGAUGUUCAUGAUCUGGUAAAGUUAUACUUUCAUAUCGUUUUCACAAAUAAAGAAACCCUCGAUCUCCUGCACAUCAGCACCAGCAUGUUAUUAGUGUAAGGACGCUGAAAUGGCUUUGCGAUAAACUGGGUUUAUUUAGAAGAACGUGCACUCGGCGUCUGCGUCGUCGCCGGUACUUCAUCCGAGGCCCCAAUGCCUUAUGGACUCGUACGAUAAACUAAAGCCAUACAGCAUCACUAUAAACGGUUGCAUUGACGGGUUUAGUCGUCAUGUCAUGUGGAUGGAAGCGAAUAAUACAAUCAACCACCCAAAAAUCACGGGUUACUGGAUAACCACAGUAACACACAGUGGAGGCCGAUCGAGGUACUGAGACCCGAGCUUCUCUGAACUGACAAACCUACGACAUCUGCUCACUCCAUAAUACUUCCACUUUAUUCUCAUAAUCAUUUUGACUUUAUUCUCGAAAUCAAAGCUUAAAAAUAUUUUUUACAGUGGCCCUGAUACACUGUCGUACGUUAGUGAUUGUUGUUGGUUGUAGAAACGUAUUGUGAAAGAGAGAGAGAUUUAAUAGCUGUUUUAUCGGCACCGUUUGUUUUUAUGCGAGCUUAGAUGUGCACAGUCUUACAGCAAGAAGGGGUUCGUUUCUCUGUACUGAGUAAUACAUAAAACGAAUUACCGCUUCAAUAAAAUUAAUUUAAUGUAGUUUUAUUUAACUGUAUAAUAUCAGAGCAGCCCAAUAAAUGGGACAUUCGUUAUUAUAGAUGCAAAGCACACUGAACUCUACAUGAAUUCAUUAUUCUACAAGUGAAUUACAAGCCCAAUAAACUCGAUGUAGGUGGAAUUACACCCUGGAUAGGAGUCCUAAUUCAUCUCAGAGACACCUAGGGACAAUUUUAGUCCCUGUCUUGCCACUUCCGGUCAGAUUUUGGGAUGUUUGACCGGGGAAACCCACAUGAAAACGACCAGCACAAGUAGAACAACAUUUUGCUCAUUAAGACGUGUGGCAUGAAUGUUGACUGUUUGUAAAGCUUAAAAUUAAUGAAAGCUGCCUUAAUUCAUUUAAAAUUUAGUUUGUAGAGAAUUAAGUUGCAGAAAUAACUCUGCACUGUCUGUGAACCACGCCCUCUUGUUUAUUUAUGAUUACUUAUACCUGCAUGGGAAGCAUCAGAUGAAAUUCGGUGUUCAAAACCCAAACCAAGCUGAUCCAUGAACAGCCGGUCGGGUGCCUAGACAGACAACAAUUGGCCGGGAUUCCUCAUAACUGCUGCAGUUACGCCCUCUGCUGGCUGGUCGAAGGUGCUGCAUAGAGAGGAUCAUCUAAGGAUGUGAGGAUACAUUGAAAGUAUAAACAAUAUGUAAGUCUGGUAUUUACGUUUCUGUACGGGCGGACGGGGAUUCGCUCUCUCAGCCUGUCGCUCAGUAUUGAAUGUUGAUGACUGUCUGGAUGUGGGACGGAUGUACGAGGGUUCGACGCUGCGUGUGUUAUCCGAUGGGUAACGUGUCAGUAUAUGAAGCGUAACAUCAGUUCUGUAUUAUAUUAAUACAGUACGCAGAAUUAUGCACAGUGGUUGUGGGGGGGUCAGAAGUGUUGGCACUUUUAAAGUUUUGUGGUAAAAGCAUGCUAGGUGUUUUAGCCAUUGAUUACCACGUGUGUGUGAUAGUAUUUCCUGGAUAGAUUGGUUCUUGGCAGCACGGUUGAAGGCGCUGAGUCCCGGCUGUAACUUCUGCGCUCUUCGUUUUACUUUGCUUCCUCUCCUCAUCUGUAAGGGCUGGACAUUUUAUUCAGGACAGAACCUCCUUCUGCAGUUUGGUCUCUACUUUUCUUUCUGUUUUGGUUUGGUUUUUCUCCACCAUGAUUUGACGGCUGUGUUCCAAAUGCCAUUCAGACAAUUUAUAGUGUGUACUGCGUUCUACCCUUCAUACAUUAUAUGGACAGAAGUAUCAGGACGCCCCUUCAAAUGUAUGAAUUUAUGUGUUUCAGCUACAACAUUUGCAAACAGGUGUAAUAAAUCAGCAACAUUUUAGGGAAGGUCCUUUCCAGUUGCAGCAUGAGCGAGCUCUAUAAAGACUUGAUUUAAAAGCUCCAGCGUCCUGCACAGAACCCUGAGCUUAACCCCACCAUUCAACAGCUCUGGGAUGAACCGGAACAUCGACUGACGCUUUCUUGACCAACAUGGGCACAAAUUCCCAUACACAGACACACUUCAAAGUCUUGUGAGAAGCUUCUCAGAAGAGCGGCUGCUGUUCUGGCUGAAAAGAUUUUUGAAACGGGACGUCCAACAAGCUCAUGGUGGGGUGUCCGAAUACUUUUGGCCAUAUAAUGUAUAUAUAUUUAUACAAUGCUGUUUUGCAUGUAGCCUCACACAGCUCCUCUCAGCUCUAUUUGUGGAUCAUUUCUGCCUAAGAGAACCUGUUUAAACUAAGUGUUUAUUAGAAGUCAUUUUUUAGUGGAGCUUCAGUAAAAUGAAAUCCUUUUUUAAAGUGUAGAUCCUAAUAAUGCCACAAACAUCCGUGACUGAGAAUUAAUGAGAGCAUAAUUGGCAUGGAAAACCUUUCUCUGUUUCCUUUUGAUCAAUGAAAUUUCAUUUUGGACAUUUAUGAGCUUAUUAUUUGCAUAAAAGUAAAAAAAAAAUUAGAAAUGAGUUGCAGUAUGAAUUAUUUUAUUAAGGAACUUGAUAAAACGGCCGGCUGAGCACCUACAUGCGGGAACAGUUGGCUAACGCGUGCUGGGUGGAAGUGCCAGAUUGAUUGUGCAUAACUGCUGCAGUUACGACCUCUGCUGGUUGAUCGAUGAAACUGCAUGGAAAUGGUGAAUAAUAGAGAUUGGUGUGUGACUCUCUGAAUAUGAUACAGUGCAGGUAGAAAGAAGGGUGGAGGUCUACAGCAGUAGAGGUGAAAUACCAUCAGGGAAUCGGAUAUGAUUAUUUCUUCAGGAUCCAGUUGAGAUAAGGUACUAUCAUUUAAAGCAGGUCAAGUAACCGUUUUUAUCUGCAGACGUUUCCGAACCGGUUUUAUUUUGUACGAUCUGUUUCUUUUUCCUUCUCGAUAUGUUUGUUAAGAAACCAGCAGCUUUACGCAAAAGUCUUUAUGUGAAUAAAAGUAGAUACCAAAAAUAGAACACAGGAACAUCCUCAACAAGCAGUGCCUGAUCGAUACCCGCUCCGAUUUGCCCCUUUUACGUUUCCGCAGGGCUUCAUUACGUACUCGCUUAGGUUCAUUCCUGCGCUGCAACAGUGCGGGAUUUACUCAAGCCUCUAACAACACAGCGGCUGGUGCAAUACUCAGACCUCGACCAGUCAUGAAUGUGUUUUUGGAUGUUUGUCUUCUUCUUCUUCUUCUUGUAAUUCUUCUUGCCAAUGCGUUAUGUGUUGGAAAGGGCUGCAGGCUGGCGUAAGCCUGGCAUUCGAGGGGCUUUCGGGUGCCUGUUUGUCAUCGUCUCCGUUCAAAGGGGUGAAAGCCAUGCAAACGCUUUGCAAAAUAUGCAAUCUUUUUUUUAAUAGUAAUAAUAACAAUAAGAAUAGUGUCGAUUCUGAAAUGCCAAAACGCUCUGAAGUGCCGUCGCUCAGAGAAACUUCAACACAUCGGUAGAAAACACAUGCCGCCGGUUCAUCGUACCUGCGCCCAGUGGUUUUGGUUCCUUUUUUUCUUGUUGUUUAUUAUCAGUUAUUGUGUACUGGGAUUCGUUUCCUGUGUAUAACGGAUUUUCUUGACGUUAGAGCGCGCUGUUCCUCUCUGUUCGGAGGUUUACCGGACGGCGAGGCGGAGAUGAAAUGUUUCUCAGAGAACAUUCUAAUGCAGUGUUAAAUUUUAAGGGUUUUUAUUAGUUGUUUUCGUUUUUUUUUGCUCGUUACUCUUUAGCAAAUAUUACCAUGCUAGUUACGCAUUAAACGCUUGCUUGCUGCACAGACACACACCUCACACCAGGCGACCAGCAUGAGGACGCUGAGCUUCACGCCACCGCCGUUAAACCACACACGAUACGAUUUAUUUGGUGCGUGUUCUUGUUUUGUGGUAAAAUUGGGUUAUUAUUAUUUUACUGGAUGAUUUCCUAAAAUGUGUUUUCGUGCACAGGAACAGACUAGCUUCAUCUCCCAUGCUUUGGAAACUGGUGUGAGGGGGAUUUUACAGCUUUUUGACAAUAUUUCAUUAUACUUGUAUUCCGCCAUCGCUGUUUGCAAAAAAAUCGCUCAUGAAUACAGUACUGGAAGUGAUUAUGUUUCUCUAUGCAAAAAAAAUAUAUAAAAAUGAAUAAACAAAGCUAUGCUACGACUCAGACAA